CACCCUUUAUCUUUUUUUUUUUUUUUUUUUCAGUAAACUGCUCUUUUUCUCGCUCCGAUUCGAUAACCGUAAACAUGGCUAAUAUCAGCGACGCUAACCAGGAUUUUUUCGACUUAAUGGCCAGCAUGCUCAAGCCUGACCCGUCCCUCGUCUACUUUGGCAUGAAUGUUGGUGUUGACGUCAUUUCUGUCGAUGUCAGCACACUCUCGUUUGACGCACAGACCGUCAUCACCUCUGACGAGAUCGGCAUCGCCGGCACCCUGGACGAAGGAUGGGUCGCUACUGUCACCGACAACUUGACCAGUCCGCUGAUGGUUGUAGCUGGUAAGGGAAUGCCUAGCGUCACAACCUCGCUGUCGACCAAGGCUCUCUGUCCGAUCAAGCCCGGCACACGUAUCAUCAUCGAGAACAAGAUGGUCAGCACCAGCCAGCCGCCAGCAACAACCACAGUGUUUCGCGAUGCCACCACACCGGAGGUGGUCUAUGCGACGGCCCAGCAUACAAAGUUUAUGAAACCCGAGCUUUUUCGGGACCUUCGGUCCGAUCUUGUGGAAAAAGGACAGCAAAACAGUCACUCCUUUUUUACACUACUAGUUCUAUACACUUUUGCCUCUAAUUUCAUACCAAUGACCGCUGCACCUGAAUUCACGUCGCCCGUGCCUGCCGAGGAGCUGACCCGCCGCGCCGAGACAUACCACAAGCAGCUGCUGGCUAGCAACGUCAAGCUGACAACGCCGCCGGUCUCGCGCCUGCAGCUCGUCAGCAUCAAGCCCACUGGCGCCAAGGGCGACCGGGUCACCAGCGCCUUCCUGACCUUCACAUUCAGCGUCGAGAACACCGACUGCAAUACCUGGGGCACGAUCCACGGCGGCUGCGUGUUCACUCUGUUCAAUGCGGCCGGCAAAAUUGCCACUGCCUGUGGUUGCCAAUGGCGCAAAGAAGAUUGUGUCGACCGACCUGACCACGAAUUACCUGGCGGGCGUGCCGGUCAACUCGACUGUGACCCUGGAGAUCGAGUGCCUGCGGACGACAAAAUCCUAUUGGCUUCCUGCGUGGCUGUAUCAAGGACGAGAAGGGCAAUUUGGCGUACAUUGCCACGCAGAAUAACACAUACAUAUGGCUUUGCUCUGUAUAACAAUACACAUGCUGCUGUUGCUCCAGUAGCCAUUUACAUAUCACAUGGAAUAUCACACGCGCGUACCGGGCUGAAAGAUGCACUCGAUAUCACCGACACAUUAAAAAAGAACGGCGACCACCGAGGAUGGCAGCAAAAAUUCUGUGGAGGACCUGGAUGCUAUGGAACAGGCCUUCAAACAAUCAAUGGCUGUGUUUACCUGAUAAUAAAUGCAUGGUGUUCUGCAUUGGUAGUUGCAGAGAAUCCAAAUAUUUGGUUAGCUGAUGCAUAUAUUCAGAAUCUGGACAUCACUCAGCGUUUGAAUUCCUCUCCACAGAACACAGAGUAUCUAGGGUUUCACUCCUUGGUAUCGAUAACUACCAAAUCAAAAGACUAUAUACUGCCUAGCUCUUUCUGGUAG